UCGGCGGCGGGGCGUCCCGGGCCGCCCGCGCCGAGCAUGGCGGGCUCGCUGCCUCCCUGCGUGGUGGACUGCGGCACCGGGUAUACCAAGCUUGGCUACGCAGGCAACACUGAGCCACAGUUCAUUAUUCCUUCAUGUGUGUUUGUGGGGGUUCCCUGACGCAUUUUACGGUGGCUCCUAAAGUCUUGUUUGGUAGCUCUGUUAUCUGUGUCCUCUCAGUGUCGGCAUCCGUUGAUCAUCUUUUCUCAUGUCACGUGAGGUGUUCCUGGUUCUUGCUAUGGUAUUGCCAUCAGAGAGUCGGCAAAGGUGGUCGACCAAGCCCAGAGGAGGGUGCUGCGGGGAGUUGACGACCUGGACUUCUUCAUAGGGGACGAAGCCAUCGAUAAACCCACGUACGCCACAAAGUGGCCAAUAAGACAUGGGAUAAUUGAAGACUGGGAUCUAAUGGAAAGAUUCAUGGAACAAGUGAUUUUUAAAUAUCUUCGAGCUGAACCUGAGGACCAUUAUUUUUUAAUGACAGAACCUCCACUGAAUACACCAGAAAAUAGAGAAUAUCUUGCAGAAAUUAUGUUUGAAUCAUUUAAUGUACCAGGACUCUACAUUGCAGUUCAGGCAGUGCUGGCCUUAGCAGCGUCCUGGACAUCAAGACAAGUGGGCGAGCGCACGUUAACCGGGAUCGUCCUGGACAGCGGGGACGGGGUCACACACGCUAUCCCGGUGGCAGAAGGGUACGUCAUCGGAAGCUGCAUCAAGCACAUCCCCAUCGCAGGGAGAGACAUUACCUAUUUCAUUCAGCAGCUGCUGAGGGAGCGGGAGGUGGGGAUCCCUCCCGAGCAGUCGCUGGAGACUGCCAAAGCCAUCAAGGAGAAGUACUGUUACAUUUGCCCGGAUAUAGUCAAGGAAUUUGCCAAGUAUGACGUAGAUCCGCGGAAGUGGAUCAAGCAGUACACGGGGAUCAACGCCGUCAACCAGAGGAGGUUCGUCAUAGACGUCGGCUACGAGCGGUUCCUGGGCCCCGAGAUUUUCUUUCACCCGGAGUUUGCCAACCCAGACUUCAUGGAGUCCAUCUCGGACGUGGUUGACGAAGUCAUACAGAACUGCCCCAUCGACGUUCGCCGCCCACUGUAUAAGAAUGUCGUUCUUUCAGGAGGCUCCACGAUGUUCAGGGACUUUGGACGUCGCCUGCAGAGAGACUUGAAAAGGGUGGUGGACGCCAGGCUGAAACUCAGUGAGGAGCUCAGCGGUGGCAGAAUAAAGCCCAAGCCUGUGGAGGUCCAGGUGAUAACGCACCACAUGCAGCGCUACGCGGUGUGGUUCGGAGGCUCGAUGCUGGCCUCCACGCCGGAGUUCUUCCAGGUGUGCCACACCAAGAAGGACUACGAGGAGUACGGCCCCAGCAUCUGCCGCCACAACCCCGUCUUUGGGGUCAUGUCUUAGUGGCGGCUCUGGCAGCGCCCUCCCAGUGGUGUCGCAAGUGUCCUUCAGACCCGGAGAAGACGGCUCCUGUACAUAUAGUGCGCGGGCCGUGGUGUCCAGUGCAUGCGGCGCCGCCCGGGCGGCUCAGCAAAGCCAUCUCCGUGCCCUGCCCCGCGCCCGCCUCCCCCCGCCGCCCCUGCCCCCGUGCUCUCCUCCUCACCCGAGCUUCUAGUCCACAGACCCAGUUCCGGAGGAAUUGAGCUGCGAUGCUAAGAAUUGUUAGGGAAAACCCUAGAACGUGGCGCAAAAUAGCUCCCCCCAGGACAGAGUAGGGCUGUAAACCCUUUUCCUCCCAGACUAUUUUUGUAAAUAAAAUGUUAUAAACUUGAAAUACAAAUUGAUGUUUAUAUUUCCUAUCAUUUUGUAUUUUAUGGUGUGUGGUAACUGGCUGAUUCUGAGCACGGGUAGAUAUCGGUGUCAUGGAGUGUUGUCAUAAAACGUUUCUGUGAGGCAUGUUCCGUAGGCAAACAAAAUAAAACAGCAAACUUUUGGCCACAUAUUUGCUAGAAAAUGAUUACACUUGAAGCACUGAACAGUGUUGUUUGAGAAUUGUUACAGACAGGGCAUCUUUUCAUUUUCUCGUGUGAACUUUCUGGAACUGUUUUAUAGAAGAUGCGGGUUUGCUGUUGGUGAGCGCUGGAUGAAAUGCUACUUUGCAUCAUUGUAAUAAAAGCAGUUCGACUCUUUGU